GUUAGACUAUCCUUGAGUGGCUUUGUCUUUUAAGGAUGGCGUCGAACAACAACAAUACGGAUAUGCGUACCUGCUAUAAUUGUGGACAGAGAGGUCACAUCUCGCGGUAUUGUCCGCUUCCAGACCAGCGUCUUAACAAUGGUCAACUGCCGAUUAGCACGGCUUUAGUGCCAACGCAGACCCCUAUUCUGACUGUUCCUGCUAGGCCUAGUCAGCCUAAUGUAGGGACAAUUGUCCUGUCUUACGGUAACGACUCGGCUGGAGAAGGGUAUAUCGGGAAACGAGUCAGGACACUGGAGGAGAUUGUGGGAAAAAUCAAAGUGAAGCCUGAUGCGGAUGAGGCUAAGGAACAAGCAGUUCGCGAGGAAGAGGAACGAAAGAAGAGGGAAUGGGAAGACGAGGAGCGGAGACCACAUGAAAAGGAGCGUGAAGAUUUCCAAGCAAGAAUUAACAAGGAAGUUUUGCAUGAAAUGAAGAUGGCUGCAGAUAGGAGGUUCAAGGCUCUUGAAGAGGUCAUCCAUGCGCUCCAAAAACAGUUUGAAGAUGUUGAGGCCAACGCUGAGGUUUGGAAGGCUGAGGCGCUGCGACCAGGAAACAAGAGGGGUGGAGUUGCGAUUGGUAGUACACCUGUUACUCAGACCAGGGUACAUCCAAGGAUGACGCCGGCAGAGACUCCCACAACUGCCAGGAGAGUGGACCAGAGAUUAAAAGGUAUAAUUGAGAGGCAUCAAGCGGAGGUUGGCAUCCUACAGGAUAUGCGAUUGAAGGAGAUGAACGCAAGGAAGCAAAGUGAACACGAGUUGGAGAGGUUAAAGGAGGAGAUGGCGAAAUUGGAUGUUGAGAAUCGCAAGGCAACGCGGAGUAACCUAAAAGCAAGGAUGGAUGCGGCAGCUGUUCAGACAGCCCGAUAAGAAAAGGUGUCGGUUGAUGCAGCUGGUGUUUCCUCGACAGCCAAGAACAAAAGUAGGGUUGAGGC